ACUUCUUGUACGUGGAUAUUCUGACAAAUUCAGAUACCACUCAUCUCGGCGAUAAUGAGUACUGUACACGCUCCUUCAGAGCCUUCGGUAUGCAAGGUCUCCAUCCUCGGAUCAGAGUCCAUUAUUCUUGGCUUCCACUUGACUGAGUAUGUGCUCAAGGACGUCCUGAACAACAUUCCCGCCUCCAACUAUGUGAUCAUUACCGACACAAACCUGGCACCCAUCUAUCUUCCUGGAUUGGUGGAACGCUUCAAUGCCAUAAGUUCAGAGAUAAGCGAAAAGCGUGGAGAAAAGGCCCCUCGUUUGUUUACUCGCGCACUUCCUCCCGGCGAACUGUCCAAGUCAAGACAAACCAAGGCUGACAUCGAGGACUGGCUCCUUUCAAAUGCUGUCACUCGCGACACCUGCUUUAUUGCUGUAGGAGGUGGUGUUAUCGGAGAUCUGGUCGGAUUUGUCGCUGCUACCUUUAUGCGCGGUGUCCCUGUCGUGCAGAUGCCCACCACUCUACUUGCCAUGGUUGAUUCUGCUAUUGGAGGCAAAACCGCCAUCGACACUCCCCAAGGCAAAAACCUUGUUGGUGCAUUCUGGCAGCCCAAGCGCAUCUUCAUCGAUUUGGCUUUCCUCCAAACUUUGCCUGAAAGAGAGUUCUCUAAUGGUAUGGCCGAAAUCAUUAAGACUGCUGCUAUCUGGAACGAGCAGGAUUUCGUCAAAUUGGAGAACGGCGUUGAAAAAAUCAGAGAAGCCGUUCUUGGAAAGUCUGAGAGUACUCAGUUUCAAGGAGCUACACUCGAUACUCGCACAGAAGGCCAAAAUCUUCUACUUGAUGUCGUUCUAGCAUCAGCAAACGUCAAGGCUCAUGUCGUCACUGAAGAUGAAAAGGAAGGAGGUUUGCGUGGAUUGUUGAAUUUUGGCCAUUCCAUUGGUCACGGUAUCGAAGCCCUCGUUUCACCUAUGAUGCUUCAUGGCGAAUGUGUCUCAGUUGGUAUCAUGAAAGAGGCCGAAUUGUCCCGCAAUCUUGGUCACUUGAACCAAGUUGCCGUUGGAAGACUUAGCCGCUGCUUGUCCGCCUACGGCUUACCUAUUAGCAUGGAUGAAAAGAAAGUGAAAGAUUUGAUCGGAUCCACCUAUUGCCAUGUUGACGAUAUCAUGGAAGUCAUGAAGGUCGACAAGAAAAACCAAGGUGACAAGAAGAGAAUUGUUCUUUUGGCUGCCAUCGGAAAGACCCUCGAACCUCGUGCCUCUGUUGUCGCUGAUAGCGACAUUCACAAAGUCCUCAGCCCAGAACAGCUUGUUUUGCCUGUUACUGAAUCCCCUAAGGGCCCAAAGACUGAUAUUGUCUUGUCUACUCCUGGCUCCAAAUCCAUUUCUAACAGAGUCCUCCUCAUCGCUUCUCUUGGACAAGGAACAACUCGUAUCAAGGGACUUUUGCAUUCUGACGAUACGCAGUUUAUGCUUGCUGCUUUGAAGUCUCUUGGUGCAGCUGAGUUCGACUGGGAAGACAACGGUGAAACUCUUCUCGUAAAGGGAGCUGGAGGAAAGCUCAGAGUUCCAGAUAAGGAGCUCUAUGUCGGCAAUGCUGGUACUGCUUCCAGAUUCCUCACCACCGUUUUGACAUUGAUCAAGGACACCAGCAAUAGCAAGCAAGAGGCUGCUAUUUUGACCGGAAAUGCUCGCAUGAAGCAACGCCCUAUCGCCCCAUUGCUCACUGCUUUGAUGGCCAAUGGUGCCGAAAUCAAGUCCAUUGAGAAGGAAGGUUUCUUGCCUAUUGCUGUUAAGCCUACCGGUGGAUUCAAGGGUGGCCGUAUUGAACUCGCUGCAUCCAUUUCAUCUCAAUAUGUCUCUUCCAUUCUCUUAUGCGCACCCUAUGCUCAGGAACCCGUUGAACUUGUGUUGACCGGCGGACAAGUCAUUUCUCAACCUUACAUCGACAUGACUAUCGCCAUGAUGGAAUCCUUCGGUGUCAAUGUCGACCGUUUGCCCAAUAACACCUAUCGCAUUGCUCAGGCCGUUUACCAAAACCCCGACGUUUAUGUUGUUGAAUCUGACGCUAGCUCUGCCACUUAUCCUUUGGCCAUUGCUGCUAUUACUGGAACGACUUGUACUGUUUCCAACAUUGGUUCAAGCUCCCUUCAAGGCGAUGCUACAUUUGCUAUCAACAUUCUUAGACCAAUGGGUUGUAAGGUGACGCAAACCGAAACAUCCACCACCGUUUCUGGACCUCCCGUCGGCCAACUUCGCCCUCUUCCCACUGUUGAUAUGGAGACUAUGACUGAUGCUUUCUUAACUGCUUCGGUUCUUGCUGCAGUCACUCAAGCACCUGAAGGCGUUGAAAACAUUACUCGCAUCACUGGUAUUGCUAAUCAGCGCGUAAAGGAAUGCAACCGCAUUGCUGCUAUGGUUCAUGAAUUGACCAAGUUUGGUGUUGUCUGCUCUGAGCUUCCCGAUGGUAUCCAAAUCCAUGGAAAAGCUAUUCGUGAAUUGAAGGCACCUGCUGAAGGCGUCCACUGCUAUGAUGAUCAUCGUGUUGCCAUGAGUUUCGCUGUUUUGUCUACCAUUGUUCCUAACGGUACCAUCAUUCAAGAGAAGAAGUGCGUUGAAAAGACUUGGCCACAAUGGUGGGACGAUCUUGAGAACAAGCUUGGAGUCAGUCUGCGUGGAGUCGAUCAAGGUAACAAGCUGCAAGCACUGAACAGCCAGCUCGGCACUUCAGCCAGCAGAAAAUCAAAGAAUGCUGACCACUCAAAGUCUGUCUUCAUUAUUGGAAUGCGCGGUGUUGGCAAGACUACUUUGGGUCAAUAUGCUGCAAAAGUACUCGGAUUUAAUUUUGUUGACGUUGAUCAAUAUUUGGAGGAGACUCGCAAGACCACUAUUCCAGAAAUCGUCAAUACCCGAGGAUGGCCAUAUUACCGCGUUGAGGAAGCAAACUGCCUCAAUGAAAUUUUGGCUCCAGGAUCCCAAUAUGCCAAGAACUACAUUAUUUCCUGCGGUGGAGGUAUUGUGGAGACAGAAGCUUCUAGACAGAUUCUUCAACAAUAUUGCAAGGAUGGUGGAAAGGUCCUCCAUAUUGUUCGUGAUAUGGAUCAAGUGGUUAGAUACCUCAACCAAGACACAACUCGACCUAUGUACGGUGAAGACAUGCUUAACGUCUGGAGACGCCGAAAGCCAUGGUACCAUGACACUUGCAACUAUGAAUUUGUUGCCUACGCCGAGAGCAUGGUUCAAGACAAAUGGGUUGACCCUGUUGAGUGGCAGUCAAUUCAAAAGGAACUGAAACGCUACCUUCUGUUCAUUACUGGCCAAAAAACGAAUCACGUGUCUGAAGUUAGAAGAGUAUCUGGUCCUGCUACUACCUUCGUCUCUCUUACCAUGAGUGAUCUCAGGAAUGCUAAGGACAAGCUUGUAGAAAUUUGCGAAGGCGCUGAUGCUGUUGAACUUCGAGUGGAUUUAUUGCGUCAAGCAAAUCAAACUGCGUCCAUUGCGGAUCGUGACUACGUCGGUGAACAAGUUGCUAUUCUUCGUCGCUAUGUUGACCUCCCUAUCGUGUUCACUGUUCGAUCAAAGGGCCAAGCUGGAGCCUUCCCCGAUGAUGCUGAAGCUGAGAUGUUCGAACUUCUUAGAUGGGGACAAAAGUGGGCCUGCGAGUACAUUGAUAUGGAAAUCAUUUGGUCUCAAGCCGUCAUUGACAAUAUCAUUGCACACUGUGGUGAGAGCAAGAUCGUUGCAUCUUGGCAUGAUCUUAGCGGAUUGACUCCAUGGGGCUCACGAAGUCUGACGGAUAGAUAUGAAAGUGCUUAUAAGUUUGGCGACAUCAUCAAGUUGAUCGGCACUGCUCAGUCUGUUGCUGAUAACAUUGCUUUGGAACAAUUCCGAGCAAAGAAGCAACAUGAUAAGCCUUUGAUCGCCAUGAACAUGGGCCCACUUGGUCAGAUGUCUCGUGUCCUAAACACAUUCUUGACUCCAAUCACUCAUGCUGCUUUGCCCACCAAGGCGGCCCCAGGUCAACUCACGCUGAAGGAGAUCAACCAUGCCAGACAUUUGCUAGGUCUCAUUCCAUCCAAGAACUUCUACCUCUUGGGGACACCAAUUGCUCAUUCCAUGUCACCUACGCUUCACAACACUGGUUUCCAGACUCUCGGUCUGCCAUACAAGUACCAUUUGCUAGAAUGCAGCUCAGUCGCCUACGCUGAAGAAGCCCUCUCAUCAGCCGAUUUUGGUGGUGCUUCUGUGACCAUUCCUCACAAGAUUGCCAUUAUGAAGUACCUGGAUCAAGUUACUGAAAAUGUCGAUGCUAUUGGUGCUGUUAAUACAGUUUAUCCAGUAUAUGUCAAAGAUGAUAAUGGUGAAGUGAAACGAGAACUUCAUGGCGAGAAUACUGACUACCUCGGCAUUUAUGGCUGUGUCAAAAAGCUGAUCCUUGAUGCCGAUAACUCUCCACCUGCGCAGGGUCUUGUCAUUGGUAGCGGUGGUACCUCUCGUGCGGCUUUGUAUGCCCUUCAUACUAUUGGUAUCAAGAAGAUCUACUUGUGGAACCGUACCAUUAGCAAGGCUUACGAGCUCCGAGAUCACUUUGCCAAGUACUUUGAAGUGACUGUUAUCGAGUCACUCGAGUCUGACAUUCAAGUUGAAGUCAUCGUCUCCACCAUUCCAGCUGAAAAUGGCCUUAAGGUUCCAGACACCCUAUUCGGAGGCAUCAAGGGAGUUUGCUGUGAUAUGGCCUACAAGCCUAGACGUACAGAGCUUCUCAAACAAGCCGAAAAACAUGGAUGGUCAACCGUUGAAGGCAUCGAAGUCUUGAUUGAACAAGGAUAUGGUCAGUUCCAAAUUUGGACUCAAAAGCAAGCCCCAAAGCAAGCUAUGGCCAUAGAAGUAAACAAGAAGUACGACUUAUAAUCGAUUCAAUUGAUGAAUAAUUCAAUUUAAAGUCUCGAUAGUUUUAAAAUAAAUGUAUUUCAAUCGUA